CGUGGCGGAGCGACCCCGGUCACGGCGCGGUCAGCACGCCAGUGCCGCACGGACCCAACCCCUGUCGGCAGCCACAGCCCCGAUGAUGUAGCCGAGCAAAAGAUGUCCUCCAAGAUGGUCACUUCCCCUUCCCAGGGAAGGCACACCGCCGCUCGGCACCACGAACACCACGCGCUGGCGGACCGCGGCUCCAGCAAGAGCAAGGACUCGGACUGGGGGCGCGACGGGCGCGACGAUCAGGGCUCGGCGCGCACCUUGAGCGCACGGAGCGAUGACUCCCUGCUGCCCCAGAAGAGCAUGAUCUCGCGCGUCGGCCUCUACGUCAGGGAGUUCUUCGAGCAGUCCACCCUGCACGGGCUGCGGUACAUGAUCCUCGACAAGGGCAACUACUUCGACGUGGCACUGUGGACCGUGGCGCUGGUGGCCUCGGUGACGGGGGCCAUCCUGCUCAUCGGCGGAUCGUGGCGUCGCUUCCAGGACAACCCGACCGUGGUGCAGCUGGAGAAGGACUUCCGCCUCUGGAACACGAGCUUCCCCUCGGCCACCAUGUGCUACGACCGGCGCUUAGACGAGCUCAGGGUGCAGGACCAGAUAGCGGAGUUGUGGGGAGCCCGGGACAACGACACAGAUGACUACCGGCGCUACUACAAGUUCGUGGAGGCCGUGGCGAACGCCAGCUUCUGGUCCCUGGACGUGUUCAAGGAGUUCAAAGGCGACAAGGAGCUCAACGCGGUGAACAUGCUGGACCUGGCCGACAAGGUGAACCUGAAGGUGUUCUUCCGCGCCACCGUGUUCGACACAUCGCCCACCAUCAACUUCACGGAGACGUUGACGGAGAUGGGCAUCUGCUACUCGUACAGUGCCGUGACGGCGCGCUACCUGCCCGUGCGCAGGAACACGCCCUUCGAGGACUUUAAGCCACCGCAGUGCAACUUCCUCAACUCGCUUUGCUACGCCCGCGUCGAGGACUUGCAGGGCCCCGUCAAGUACUACGUGCACUCGCCCUACGAGAUCCCCGACUCGGCCUCCAAGCCCUUCACCGUGCACUCCCGCCAGGAGCGCGACACCACGGUGCGCUUCCUGGAGACGAUCGCGGACGAGCAGUUGCGGACGCUGACGCGCCGCCAGCGCCGCUGCCAGUUCUUCGACGAGGGCGUCAAGCCGUACCCGGUGUACUCGUACAACCUGUGCAUGAUGUCCUGCCGGCGCAAGCUGUGCCUGCGCUACUGCGGCUGCGCGCCCUACUUCUACGGCGACCGCGGCGACGGCGUCAAGAUGUGCGACGUGGACGGCCUGGCGUGCCUGGCGCAGCACGCCGACAAGCUGGUGGCCCUGCGCGAGGAGGACCCCGAGGCGCAGUGCAAGUGCUACCACUCGUGCGAGGAGAUCCGGUACACGACGGACCGCAACUUCGAGCGAAGCUGGUCCUACCCCGUCCCGGACAACAUCCGCUUCCGCUGGGCCAUCGAGCUGUACAGCAAGACCAGGGUCAAGCGCUCCAUCAUCUUCACCUUCAGCGACCUGCUGGUGUCGUUCGGCGGCACCGCGGCGCUCUUCCUGGGCUGCAGCCUCAUCACGUUCGUGGAGCUCAUCUACUUCUUCACGCUGAGGCUGCUGUGCUCCGUGGCGCAGGCCCGCAAGCGCCGCCUCACGUAG